AUGAAAGCUCGGAAUUCAUCGGCUUGGGUGGUAGUGUGGUGUAAGUUUUUCCCCUUUUCUCUUUGGGCCUCGGAGCCUCUCUCGGUGGAAUGUAGGCACUGUCGCAUUGGAAGACUUUUCGGUUCAUCCUUUCGACGUUGUUACUACAUCUCGAGUGUUGUUCAUCAUUUAGAGGCAGGUUCGGCACUCGUGGUGGCCGCAGGAUGGGCACGAGUUGCUGAUGACGAUCAUGCUUCCGCACUUGCAGCAGGAGGGAGCGACGGGCAUGUUGGCGGCUUGUUUGUUGAUGUUGGUGUAGUUGAUGAUGGUUUGUGA